UACGAGUAUAGUAUAUUUGUAUAUAUUUGUAUAUAAAAAGCGGAAGUAAGUCUCAGAUACGCUAUAGUUGUGACGAAGCUGCGACAUUUUUCACUUUUCAUUUUUUAAAUUAACAAAACGAUUAAUGUGAUAUUCUAAAAGUCCUGUUCUACCUGUAUUUGGCGAAACACUGUGAUCGGUGCAAAUAAAAUCUUACUGAAUUUUCAAUAAUUAUAAAAUAAAAUAACCGUGUACUAUUUUAUAGAUUAAAUAAAUAAUAUUCUAACGUUUAAUAUGGUUUGGAAAUUAUACUUUACGAAAAUGCUGCCAAUAUUGAUGGUAUUGAUGUGUGCGGUUAUUGUUAGUGCAAAUUUACCUCCGGAUAUAAAAAAGUGUAAAGCAGCAGAUGUCAAAUGCAUAGCGGAUACAAUAAACGAUGUUUUACGUCGCUAUCCGAAAGGAAAUAAAGAGUUUGGUUUAGAUGAAGUUGAUAGUGUUCAUCUGAAAGAUGUUGUAGUGUCCCAAGCGGCAAGUGAUACUCCAGUGCAAUUGAAUUUAAAAUUUAAAACAUUAGUUGUAAAUGGAUUUGAGAGUGCGAGGGUGGAUCGUGUUGUAGGAUUUGAAAAAGAUGUUAACAAUUCAAAAUUCGAGGUAUACGGUCAUACGCCAGAAUUACGCAUGAAAGGGCAAUACAUCGUGAAUGGAAAAGUGCUAAUCUUACCGAUAACUGGUGAAGAUAAUGCUGAAAUUAUAAUGAAAAAUUCCAAUUUCGCUUUUAAAUUAAAAGUAGCUUUAGUAAAGAGAAAUGGGAUAAAUUAUGCCACCAUAAAACAAAUUAAGACAAUCACUGAACCACAAUCUUUAAAAGUACAACUUGAUAAUCUGUUUAAUGGCAAUAAGGAACUAAGCGAUAGUACGAAUAAAGUUAUCAAUGAUAAUUGGAAGGAUAUUUGGGCGGAGUUGCAAGAUGGUAUUAAUAAGGUUUCAGGAGAUGUCAUAAGGAAACUAAUUGAAAAUGUGCUCAAAGAAUUGCCUUAUGAUGAUUUUUAUAAAAGUGAUUGAAAUUAUUACAAAACUGUAAAAUUUUUAGGAUAAGUUUAAUAUUUAAUAUUUAG